AUGAUCCCGCAGGUAAAGAAGCCGGAUUUGGAGUCCCUGGGCUGGCGUGGUUACACCGGGUCUACGGAGAAGUUUGAGGUUCUUAAUCCGACUCGUGCCAUUGUUGCUGUGGCUGGUGAUGACAUCAUUCUGCCCUGUUACAUCAAACCCAACAUCAGCGCUGAGGACAUGAGAGUUGAAUGGUUCAGAUUCAACCUCCCAGACACUCAGUCAAACAUUCGCGUCCAUCUCUACCAAGACGGCAGAGACAAAUACCAUGAUCAGAUCAGCUCCUACAGUGGAAGGACAUCGUUGUUUAAAGAGGAACUGAAGAAGGGCAACACCUCUUUGAAGCUGACCAGGGUACAAGGAACUGAUGAUGGAUUUUACAAAUGUCUUGUUCAGUCUAAGACACAUUAUGAUGAUGCUACUGUUCAAGUCUACAUAACAGCUACAGGAUCCAAGCCAGAGGUUUUCAUUGAGGGAGAGAAAGAAGGAGGGGUGGCUCUGCUGUGUGUAUCUAAAGGCUGGUUCCCUGAGCCUGAGUUGGAGUGGCUGGACAGUAAAGGGGUCACUCUGUCUGCUGGAUCUUCAGAGACAGACAGGGACUAUGAGGGAUUCUACAUAGUCAAAUUAAAGACCAUCGUAAAGGAGACUGACACCAACGUCUUUACCUGCAGACUGAGACAGAAGCAGCUCCAUGAGGUGAUGGAGACAGAGUUUCACGUCCCUAGUGAGCUGUUCUUUUUUCACACACACACAUGGAGAGUGGCGUUUGUAGUGAUUGUCUCUCUGGGCGUUGUCCUUGUGAGCAUUAUCAAUGUGGCCAUAUUAGCCUUCAACAUCUGGCGCUGGAAGGGUUUGCGCAUCGACUAUGUGAAUGUGACUCUAGACCCUGAUACAGCACAUCCUAAACUCAUCCUGUCUGAAGACGGGAAACAAGUGAGAUGUGGAAACAUUAAACAGGAUCUCCCUGACAACCCAGAGAGGUUUGAUACUGGUCACUAUGUCCUAGGAAAGGAGGGCUUCUCCUCAAGGAGAUUCUACUAUGAGGUGCAGGUGGAGGGGAAUACUGGGUGGACUUUAGGAGUGGCCAAAGAGUCCAUCAACAGGAAGGGGAAGAUUGACCUGAACACUGAGAAUGGAUGCUGGACUUUGUGUCUGAUGGAUGGAAAGUAUAACAUUUUCACUGGUCCCUCUGUCACCCUCUCCCUGAGAGAGAAGCCCCAGAAGGUGGGGGUGUUUGUGGAUUAUAAGGAGGGUCAGGUCUCCUUCUAUAAUGUGGAGGCCAGGUCUCAUAUCUUCUCUUUCACUGGCUACACCUUCACUGAGAAACUCUAUCCAUUAUUUUAUUGUGGUACUAUUGAUAACUCAGCCCCACUGGUCAUCACUCCUGUAGAUGUCACUGACUGA